CCUUGGAAUGCAGAAUCACGAUCUAAUAGCUGACUCAUGAGCUACGGCAUCGCGUUCCGUCUAAGAACUUGAUGAUGAUGAUCGAGAACCGCUCUCUUGCUAGUGUAAUAUGAGGAAAUUUCCGAUGGGUUCCUCCGAUAUCCGAUAAGUUAAAUUGAGCGUGGCUGUGCUAAAAUGUCAUUGUCCAGGGAUCUCUGGUUGGCUAGGUGUCGAAUCGGCUUGUGAUGCAAAUAAUACGUGGCAGCCACUGAAACCUUUGCGUCUACGCGCGCGCUCAAUUUCGAAACAUUCUGGCCCCCUGAAAAUGUGACAGGGCGCCAAGCCAAUCGCAGAUGCAUCUUAGAUCUUGGAACACAUGGAGAACUGCAGCAUCACGGACACCUAGAUCAGAAUCUUGUAUGAUCAGAGUCUUAUAUAAAACUAUAAGGACAUCAUAGUAGAAAUGUUCGUGCAGAUAUGUCGUGCAAUCAUCAAUUUACUUCCUUUUUCUAUCCAUGAUAUUGCAUUGCACGAUGCUUCCUGGCAUAUUCCCAGCAUUGGCCUUGAUAUUGGCCCUGUCCACCACUCCCGUUCGAUCAGAUACUCCUGCAGCCUCAACAGUGUAUAUUGAAGAAACCCAAACGACCUUCUCCAUCAACCUCCCAGACAAUUCCACCGAUGUAUACUUUUACUUCUCAUCUCCUGCUUAUUCCUGGGUCGCCAUUGGGGCUGGCUCUGAUAUGGCUGGGUCCUUGAUGAUGAUAAUGUACUCUGCUUCGGGCAAUCAACAUGUUACAAUCAGUCCGCGUAUUGCAACAGGCAAUUCUGAGCCGACAUUUACAACGGAUGUUCAAGUCGAGGUUCUUGACGGGUCUUCCAUCCAAAAUGAUUUUUUCGUCAUGAAUGCGUUGUGCCGUGGCUGCCGAUCAUGGAAUGGGGGUUCCCUUAACCUCAGCACGACUGCACAGCCAUUCAUAUAUGCUGUCGGGCCGAAUGGUGUUCCAAUAUCAUCAGACUCACAGACUGCCGGGCUACGCCGACACGAUUCAUUUGGUCACUUCACAAUGAAUAUGGUCCAAGCAACUGGCCCUGGCGGAGUUCCACUGGCCUCAAACAUCACAAAUGGCGCUACACUUCUUGGAUCGCUAGUGAAAGACGGGGACAAGGCAUCUAAAGCUCACGGCUUUCUGAUGGCCCUCGUGGCAUUGGUGAUAAUUCCUUUCGAUGUGAUAAUUAUUGGACUUUUCAAGUGGCCACUGCUGCAUGCCUUCACCGGAAGCUUUGUACUAUUCCUUGUCCUUACUGCAAUGGGCCUAGGAAUUUAUGUGAGCACAGAGUAUAAUAGGUCUAACCAUUUCGACUCUGCUCACCAAGUCAUCGGAUUCCUAUCCGUCGGAGGGCUCCUCGUCCUUGCUUCGAUUGGAAUUUAUCUCCGCCGCAUGCAGAAAACAGCAGAUAAGUCAGACCAGGCAGGGCCGAAGAACUCUAAGUUCACCUCUAUUCAUACUUGGGGGGCAAGGUGCAUUUGGCUCCUGCUUAUCAUUAACAACGGCCUUGGAAUGCAAUUUGCUGGCACGGACCGUAUUAUUGUUAUCGUAUACAGCCUACUCGCCGUCGCGAUGGCCCUUCCGAUGCUUUUAAUUUAUUUCUGCAUCUUCCGGCGGUCUAGAAAGAGGAAAGAAGAGGAGUACAAUGCCAAUGGCGGUUUCCAACUAUCUGAUUUAUGAGGUCACUCUAAAACAUGAUGGGAUAUGUUUGGCUCCCGCGUUCAAGAAACAUUAUUUCUGCUUUGGAUCAUAAAGAGUAUUCUCAUUUGGAACUAUAUUCAAUUAUAUAAACUUAAUCGCCCACGGCCCUUGCAAAUCUCACGAUGAUGCCGCCCAUUUAUUACAAAUAAUACACUCCGAGUGAGACCUCAAAUCUUCAAUGUGGGCCUGCCACCCAUAAAAGAUUACAUUUCUCAGCACUUCUCUAAAGUCGUCGUCUCUGAAGUUCCAGCUUGCGAGACGCACAAAUAAGAUCCAAGAAUUUCUAGGAGAAUAUGAG